AUGGUCGUCAUCGACACCAAGAUCCGUGAUACUCACCAAAAAGAGUCGAUGCACGCGCCCGGCAGGACAGUAUACCAGCGCUUCACCCUCAGCGAGCAGCCGGAACAUGUUCUCCUCGCCUUCAAAGACGACCUGGACGCAACCGAGUUUGGAUAUCUCCGCUCCGGCCCCGGCAAGACCCUUGCGAAGCUCCUGAGCAGCGAAAACCUCGAGUUUGAACCCAUCGCCCAGGCCGUCGCCCUCCGAGAGACCAUCGGCCGCGCCAAGAAGCCCGUCGAGGCCAUGGUAAAGGUCGACAUCAACGUGUACGGACCGCGCAACAGAGCGCAGGAUGUCGGUAAAACGCUUUCCGAAGGGAAACUAUGGCUGCAGAUGUCGGACCAUGCCCGCCGGGAGUUUCCCUACGAUAACCCCCACAUGUUGCAGAUCAAGAACGCCGAGCACAUGUCCGCAGAGGUUGCGCGGGAGGUCAACAGUCGCGCUCCCACAGGACGACAGCCGCGCGAGGAAAAGCUGCGGAUUAUGAUGGAGGAGGUUUACUAUUCGAUUCAGAACAAGCGGCACCUUCGCCGGGAAGACGGUGUCAAGGGGCUCAAGCAUGAGCUACAAGAGCACCAAAAGCAGGCGCUUGCAUUUAUGCUCGAAAGGGAAUCCGGCCAUAUCGACUUGGCGUAUCGCCUAUGGCAUCCCGUUACGGAAGAAGGUCAGGAAUGGUUUCGCCACAAAAUCACGAACAUCAAACAGAGAACCCAGCCAGAUGAGAAGGGUGGUGGUAUUCUCGCCGAUGAGAUGGGUAUGGGUAAAUCUUUAUCUAUCCUUUCGCUGGUCGUGACUACCCUGCAAAAUGGGCAGCAGUGGGCUCAACAGGAAGAAGAGAACAAGGACAAAGCCAGAGAGCUGUACUACUCUGGCUCGACCCUGGUGGUUGUGUCGUCUGCUCUUCUCAUCUAUGAGUGGAAGAACGAGAUCUUAAAACACGUCAAAGGAAAACUGAAUCAAAUCGAAUAUCACGGCCCGAAACGUGAGAGGCAAAUUGACAAGAUCAAGAACUCCAACAUCGUCAUAACCACCUACAACACCUUGGCCGCCGAAUACGAGAGAAAGUCCUCAAUCCUCCACAAGAUCGGAUGGUAUCGAGUGGUGCUCGACGAAGCGCACGUCAUCCGCCGCCCGGCCACGACGUUCUUCCACGCCUGCAGAGCUCUCCACGCCAACUCCCGCUGGUGUCUCACCGGAACCCCGAUCCAGAACAAGUUGGGCGACAUUGGCGCCCUUUUCGCCUUCAUCCGAGCGAAGCCCUUUGACGAGCCCGCCAUGUUCCGCCGCUACAUCGAGGUCCCUUUUGAGCAGCACGGCGACCCGAAGAAGAUCAAGGAGCGCCUCAUCCUGCUCCUCGACUCCCUUUGCCUGCGCCGCACCAAGGAACUCUUGGAACUUCCCGGUCUCGAGGAGCGCGUCAAGGAACUCGAGUUCACGCCGGCCGAGCGCGAGCAGUACGACAAGACCAAGAAGAUCCUCAUGCGCACCAUCAAGCAAAAGGUCGGCGAGGUCGAGAAGAGCUCCAAGUUCGGGUUGUUCCAGGCGAACCUGCAGAUGCGCAUCCUGUGCAACCACGGCACCUACCAGAAACCAUUCUCGUGGUCCCGUCGCAACUACAAGCUGAGCCGGCUCGAGGAGCGCGAGGCCGCCGUCUCGGCGCUGGGGCAGAACGCCGAAAUCACCUGCGACGGGUGCCAUCAGCCCAUGCCCAUUCUCGGAUCAAGCAGGCUGCGCAACGAGACAGAGGAGCAGUGCGCGCAUGUGCUCUGCUCCGAGUGUCUUGAGGAGUCGGACAUGUCGGCGCCUGGGUCGCAUACGCGGCAUUGCCCCGUGUGCGAGAACUGGAUGAAGACAACAGCGUCUCCUUCGAUUAGAGUCGACGGCCCCGUUGCGUCAGGGGACAUCGACAUGGCUGAUGCACCAGCCAAGUCGUCUGCGGACAAAGACGAUGAGCUUUAUUUUAACCACGUUGGGUAUUCUACCAAGAUGGAGGCGCUGAUCCGCGAUGUCAAGGAGGAUGUUUGGACCACGAAGAGCAUCGUCUUCUCCUGCUGGACAAGAACGCUGCAUCUGGUCGGCAUGCAUCUGGAGAGAGCCGGCGUCAGAUUUGCCAUGAUUGACGGCAACUGUCCCCUGUCAGAGAGGCAGAGGAUCCUCGAGAAGUUCGCAACGGAAGAUGGCAUGCGAGUGCUCAUCAUGACAACCGGCACUGGAGCUUUCGGCCUCAACCUCACUUGCGCCAACCGCGUUUUCAUUGUUGAGCUGCAAUGGAACCCUAGCGUCGAAAACCAGGCAAUCGCUCGAGCCAUCCGGUUCGGUCAGGACCAAAAGGUCCUCGUGACAAGAUAUGUCAUCAAGGGCACUGUUGAAGAGGUUUGUUUCCCGUUGUCUACGCUCCGGCGAGUUUCUUUGCUAAGUGACUUGUUGCAGGAAAUGAGAUCACAGCAAAACGUGAAGAAGAACCUCGCGGCGAUUGGCUUCGAUGAGCCGAUUUACAACGCGGAUGACAUGGACCAGUCACAUGGAUAG